UUCUCACAAAAUAAACAAACCACACCCAUUUUAUCAAACCACUCAAAUUUUCCCACCUUCACAACAAUAUUAAUUAAUUACCCCCCUUUUCUUUUAUUAUUAAUAAUACAAUAAUUAUCCUAUCAAAUCCAUCUCUCUUAAUUUAUCUUCUUUCAUUCCAUUAUUGUUUAUUUUUUUUUUGAAAGAAGGGGAGAAAAGAAAGAGUUUUUGUUGAAGAAUGAACAGAAAAACGCCGGGAACGAGGACGAGAGUGGGUAAAUACGAAUUGGGUAAAACACUUGGUGAAGGAAAUUUUGCUAAAGUUAAGUUAGCAAAAAAUGUUGAUACGGGUGAAUUUGUUGCUGUUAAAAUUUUUAACCGUGACAAUGUUCUUCAACAUAAGAUGGUUGAGCAGAUAAAGCGGGAAAUUGCAACAAUGAAAGUGAUCAAGCAUCCUAAUGUGGUAAAAUUGCAUGAGGUCAUGGCAAGCAAAACAAAGAUCUAUAUUGUCCUUGAACUAGUUGAUGGAGGCGAGCUCUUUGACAUUAUAGCGAAACAGGGCAGACUUAAGGAAAAUGAAGCCAGGAAGUACUUUCAGCAGCUCAUUAAUGCUGUGGAUUACUGCCAUAGCCGAGGCGUAUACCAUAGGGAUCUUAAGCCGGAGAAUCUACUUUUGGACUCUUAUGGUGUUCUGAAAGUUGCCGACUUUGGAUUAAGUGCAUUUUCACAACAAGUGCGGGAAGAUGGUCUACUUCAUACUGCAUGUGGAACUCCUAAUUAUGUUGCUCCUGAGGUUCUCACUGAUAAAGGUUAUGAUGGUACGGCAGCCGAUGUAUGGUCCUGUGGGAUCAUUCUGUUUGUGCUUAUGGCUGGGUACUUGCCUUUCGAUGACCUGAGCCUCAUGAAUUUGUACAAAAAGAUCCAAAAUGCUACAUAUGUAUCUCCUUCUUGGCUUUCAUCUGGUGCUAAGAAGUUGAUUAAACGAAUUCUUGAUCCUAAUCCACUUACUAGAAUCACAAUCUCGGAAGUUUUGCGAGAUGAAUGGUUUAAAAAAGAUUAUCAUCCAGCGAGUUUUGCUGAGGAAGGGGAUGUGAGUCUUGAUGAUGUAGAUGCUGCUUUUAACAACUCAGAGGAAAAUCUUGUUACAGAACGACGGGAGAAGCCUGUAUCAAUGAAUGCUUUUGAGCUUAUAUCUGGAUCACAAGGUUUCAGUCUUGAUAGCCUUUUCCAAAAAGAAGCUGGUAUUGUAAAGCAAGAAACACGGUUUACUUCACAACGCCCUGCAAAUGAGAUCGUGUCUAAAAUUGAGGAAGCUGCAAAGUCUUUAGACUUCAAUGUUCGUAAGCAAAAUUAUAAGAUGAAGCUGCAAGGUCAUACAAGUGGAAGAAAGGGACGCCUUUCUGUGGCCACAGAGGUGUUUGAAGUUGCGCCUUCAUUGCAUGUAAUAGAAUUGCGAAAAACUGGAGGUGACACAUUGGAGUUUCAUAAGUUCUUCAAGAAUUUCUCAUCAGGAUUAAAAGACGUCGUUUGGAAAACUGAUACUAUUGAUGAAGAGUCAAGGUUAUGAAAAACUAUCACUACCCUGCCAACCAUUAUCUGAAGUAUAUAGUGUUCCUACAUGAUAACAUGAACAACAUUCUGAGUCAUGUCAGAAAUGGGAAACCCUUCUUUUUGGUGAGGGUGGCAGAAAAGGCGGCCGUUGGUGCAAGAAAUGGAUGCCUAAGGUAGAAUUUAGAUGCUAGGGCAAGCUAUCUGAUUGUUUCAAGUGAUGGUUAACCCUCCCCCCUCUGAAUUCAGAACCAGGGGUGUGAUGUGGUGCACCAACUUAUGAAUUGGUUGGAUAUCUUGUUUAUGGAUCAUAAUGAAGUUGUUCAAUGAACAGACUGUGUUUUGAAGGCUUAAA